AACCGGCUCUAGAUAAUCGCAAAAGAGAACCUGGUAACUUUACCUCCGCAGUCGCCUUGUUUCUUUUUAAAUAAUACAAAAUGAGUAAAUAUAACUCGAAAUACCUAGAGGACAAGCUCAAAACGCAACUCGACGCCCAGCACGUGAGUGUGGUGGACGAAUCCGACGGCUGCGGCGGCAAAUUCAGUGCGGUCAUCGUCUCUGCGGCGUUCAACGGCAAGACGCUGCUGCAGAAGCACCGAUUAGUCAACACAACGCUGGCCGAAGAACUGAAAGAAAUACAUGCAUUUUCCCAAAAAUCCUACACGCCCGACGAGUGGGAGAAAGUGAAAGAGCAGCAGCAAUAGUACGCACCACACAACAACACUAAUACAUGCAACAAUAAGUCGUAACCUGUUGUGGCUCGCUGGUAGUCGAGAUUUUGGCGUCGUGGUGAUCGAACGACGAAACCGAAAACCAGCGCUAACCGAAAACAGUCGAACAAAGAAAGUGAAAGGGAAAGCACAGGAGUCGUUAGAGCUACAUUAAAGUUACUGUAUAAUAUACGCAAAUCCUCCGUUAAAUGCAUACGUUACAUAAAAAAAACAAUAAAAGUUUAAGCACUUGAGGUCGAA